AUGCGAAAUAUUUUUAAACGAAAAUCACGUAAACCGAAAGGCUCCAUAAAUGAGGCUGAUCCACCACUAUCCAACCCAUCAGAAGCAACAGCAUCGGGAAAUGUAACUUCAUCAGCACGAUCAGCUCCCUAUACAUAUUCUUCAAAUGUCUACGCUCCAGUUACUUCUAAGCCAUUACAUGCUAGCAAACGUGGUGAGCAACAAAAACUAAUAUUUCAUUGUCAAUUAGCACAUGGUAGUCCAACUGGUGUUAUAACAGGCUUUAGUAAUGUUAAAGAAUUAUAUCAAAAAAUAGCCGACUGUUUUGAAAUACCAGCAUCAACAAUUCUAUUUUGUACAUUAAAUACACAUAAAAUUGAGAUGAGUAAAUUAUUAGGUGGACAAAUUGGUUUAGAUGAUUUUAUAUUUGUACAUGUUAAAGGACAAGCAAAAGAAAUAGAAGUUGUUAAAUCAGAACCUGCUCUUGGUUUGACUAUUACUGACAAUGGAGCAGGCUAUUCUUUUAUCAAACGUAUUAAAGAACAAAGUGUAAUUGAACGACUUCAAAAUCUUGUCAAAGUUGGUGACCAUAUUGAAAAAAUAAAUGAUACAUCGCUUGCUGGCACACGACAUUUUCAAGUAGCUAAAAUGUUAAAAGAUAUUCCUGUUGGUUCAACAUUUAAAUUACGUUUAAUCGAACCAAAUACUUUUGGAUUUCAAAUUGAACCACCUCAACGUCGUCGUAAGGCAGGUGGUGAUAUUAAAAAUGGUACCAAAACUCUUCGUUUUAAAGCUGAUGGUAAAGCAAGUAUUGAAGAAGUUGAUGAUGUUAUGGUAAAAGCCAUUGAACGUAUUAAUGGUCUUCUGGAAACUUAUAUGGGUAUAAAUGAUUCUGAACUUGCACAUCAAAUUUGGGAUUUAGCAGAAAAUAAAAGUAAUCCAAGUGAUUUUACUUUGGCUAUUAAUGAUUCAGAACUUGGCUCGUUUAACUUUACAGAUGACUUUGUGUUUGAUAUAUGGGCUGCAAUUGAUGAUGUUAAAGUUGGACGUCUUCCAGAAGAGAAAGAAUUUGAAAAUGAACGACUAUAG